AUGACAGAGUACAAGCUGGUGGUGGUGGGAGCUGGUGGCGUUGGCAAAAGCGCCCUGACCAUUCAGCUCAUCCAGAACCACUUCGUGGACGAGUACGACCCGACCAUAGAGGAUUCAUAUCGGAAACAGGUAGUUAUUGAUGGUGAGACCUGUUUGCUAGACAUUCUGGAUACUGCGGGGCAGGAGGAGUACAGCGCUAUGCGAGACCUGUGCAUGAGAACUGGUGAAGGCUUCCUCUAUGUCUUUGCCAUUAAUAACAGCAAAUCAUUUGCUGAUAUCAAUCUCUACAGAGAGCAGAUUAAGAGAGUGAAAGAUUCAGAUGAUGUGCCAAUGGUGCUAGUGGGAAACAAGUGCGACUUGCCCACAAGGACAGUGGAUACAAAACAGGCUCAAGAACUAGCUAAGAGCUAUGGGAUCCCCUUCAUUGAGACGUCAGCCAAAACAAGACAGGGUGUCGAAGACGCCUUUUACACAUUGGUGAGAGAGAUCCGCCAAUACCGGAUGAAAAAGCUCAACAGUAGUGAAGAUGGGAAUCAAGGCUGUAUGGGAUUGUCAUGCAUUGUGAUGUGAUAAGCCACCAAGAAUACCUGGUUCAGAUGUAGCUGGAGGACAAGUCUUGAUGCCACUCUAAAGCAUCUCACGAUGAUACCCUGGUGCCAGCCAAGCAGUAUAAAGUCCUUUUCUGUGCUCCAUCUGAAGAGAACAUCUCUGAACAGCUACCUCCUUGCUCGGCUAACUGAGCAGAGAAAGCCCCAUCUGUUGAUGCACUUGGGAUUUCUUUUUUCUUUUUUUUCCUGGGUAGGUUCAAACAGAAAACUGGUCACAAGAAAAGCGAACUUUAAACACCAAAUACUGUGAAAAAGAUGACAACAUUUUUACCUCUAGAGUAGAUGCUAGAAGUGAUGUUUGUUUCCUUUCUAUCAGAUUAAGACCUGGGGAGGAAUCGCUCAGGCAGGGAGGGAUAGCUCAGUGGUUUGAGCAUUGGCCUGCUAAACCCAGGGUUGUGAGCCCAAUCCUUGUGGGGGCCACUUAGGGAUCUGGGGCAAAAAUCAGUAAUUGGUCCUGCUAGUGAAGGCAGGGGGCUGGACUCGAUGACCUUUCAGGGUCCCUUCCAGUUCUAUGA